GUCCCAAACAUUUUCAUUCUUGAGAGAUCUAAAUAGAACCAAAGAAUGGAAGAGUUUAAUAGCAACAGAAACAAAGGAAAAACAGAGAAAGAUGGAGACUUUGAAGAAGAAGAUGUAUGGGGUUAUGUGCAUGAAAGAGAUUCAUCAAGAGUGAUUCCUCCAAGAGGAAAAAGUAAUAAGUGUAUGUUACAUAAAUCAUCAAGUCCUGUUGAGAUUCCAGAAUGGUCCAAGAAUAGCAAUAAACAGAAAUCAAGAAGAGUUAGAACAGAGGAUGGUUCUUCUUUCUCAUCAGUUACUUAUUCUGGAAAUGUCGAAGAAGAAGAAGAAGAUGAUGAUUAUGGUGAUGGAAUAGUGCCACCACAUGAAUAUAUAGCAAGAAGAGUAGCAAGAAAUCAAAUAGCUUCAUUUUCAAUGAUGGAAGGAGUUGGAAGAACUCUUAAGGGAAGGGACCUUAGCAAAUUAAGGAAUGCCAUUUUAACUAAGACAGGUUUCUUGGAAUAGCUAGCUAGCUACUUAAUACUAUUAUCAACUAACAAAAUUAGGCCAUCCAUCUUCAUCAAUCAUCACAUGUUAUUAUCAUUUUUUAGUAUCAUUAGAUUACUACUCAUUAUGUUUUAAGUAUGGCCUUCUUAUUUUUAGCAGAGAUGCAAUUUUGGGAUUUAUUUUUUUUUAUUGGAGGAAAAAGAAAGGCAGGCUCUGGGAUUUUGUUUGGGAGGUUUAUAGGAGUAUAUGCUUUUGUAUUCGGUAUAUAUGAUAUA